AUGAUACCGUCGCAAGGUGGCCGUGAGGGAUGUAAAGGUUCUCCCAACCCUCCGAGCAACGGCUCCGAGGACAAUGGCUUCACUAAUCGACCUAGAGUGGCGGGCCUUUACCCGCGGCACCACUCCAGAGAAGAGCUCGUUCGGUUCUCGUCGUCGGCGGAGACCACUCGAUCCUCCCGUUCCACGCGAGAUAUACUCGAGAGAUCCGCGCGUGACAUCGGCAGCCAGAGAAGCUUGAAUCUACCCGUGGGCAUCGCCGAGGAGUUCGAGCUGUCGGAUCGUUCGCGUGUCGGGGUCUCGAGAACGCCGCAGCCGUCGAGACGCGAGGUUGGGUCACGUUACGAUGCUAGAUACGAACAGCUCGCUGGACGUGGCGACGAUCGUCAUGGAUCGCCGUCGUCUAUCGAGAGGCUACGCUCGGGGGACCAUUGGCAGCCGCAACAGGAAGAGAAUACUAGGGGUUUGUCGGGCUCCGUUCGAGGAUCCGUCCUGGACUUCCCGUCACGGGUCGAGGAACAAUCCUGGAUCGACUCGAACGUCGACGAUACGUCGCGUCAACCAACGUCCAGCCGUGAUUACAUCAGGCCUGGGCAGGACGUUGGAUCGUCCCGUGCCUCCGCCUCGAUACUCAUCUCACCAGCGAGCGAGACCAGCGAGUCUCGCAGAGCCUCCGAUGUGGCCAAGUCGUCUCCGCCACCGUACACGGGUCUCAGCCCGCCUGAGUACACCGGUCACGAGUACGAGAGCUGCGAGACCCCGUCGCCUAUCUUCGCCAGCUAUCCGCUGGCCUCGUACGCCGAGGAGACCCGUCACGGACACUCGAAAUCCGAUCUGGAUCGUGAACGUACAGUACGCGAGGAACACUUAGUGGGCGAGGAAAGGCUCCUGUCGACGGCCAACGAGUCGGAUAAAACGGUCGGCAGGCGUAAGUCGAAUAGCUCGAGGGACAGAGGGCUACACGACACGGUGGACUCUAAUGUCGUCUUCGAGAGAUCGACGGAAGACGGUGUCUCCAGGCCCAGGGAUGUUGCUAGACUUAGACCACCGUUGGUUAACGCGGCUGGAACCUCAGCUGAUUCUGGAACAGGUGAUUCCGGUAGCGCAGAGAUCCAGGUGGACCCCCUAGGCACACCCAGAGCGACUGCUCCGGGCGACAUCGCGGAUGGCGGGAUCGAGAACGAGGCUGCCAAUGGUAAUAGGUUGUCCGUGAAAACGCCUACCGGGGGAAAGCAAACGGUGAAGCUGUUCACAAAGGAGAGCCUCGAUAGAUUGGAGAACAGGACCGUGCAGCUGGUCAGGGAUUAUGGGUUCCAACCGAAGAGACGGAUGUCCGUCGAGGACGGCGCGGUGCUUCCAAACAAAUACGAACCGUUCCCGACUGAACUGUACGGCAGACCGCUCGAGGAGAUCGACAACUUUAUAUACGACGAGACGUUUUGCGUGGUGUCCAAGAGGUUUCGUAAGAAUUACAUCCAUAGGUUCACAGCGACGAACAGCUGGUUCAUAUUCUCCCCGUGGAAUCCGAUAAGACGGUACUGCAUCUUCCUAAGUACGAAUCAGUACUUCGAUUACGUGGUCAUGGCUACGAUAAUACUAAACUGUGCCUUCCUCGCCAUGACGGAAACCAUCGAGGAAGCAGAAUAUAUAUUCCUAGCUAUAUACACAGCCGAAAUGGUGAUCAAAUCGAUAGCAAAGGGAUUCGCGCUCAAUAAGUACACCUAUCUGCGGAAUCCGUGGAACUGGCUGGAUUUCGUGGUGAUCACCAGCGGAUACGCCACUAUAGGGAUGGAAGUAGGAAAUUUGGCCGGGCUGAGGACCUUUCGAGUGCUGAGAGCUCUGAAGACCGUUUCGAUCAUGCCUGGUUUAAAGACCAUCAUCAACGCAUUAUUACAUAGUUUUAAGCAGCUAGCCGAGGUGAUGACGCUCACGAUCUUCUGCCUGAUGGUUUUCGCGCUGUUCGCCCUGCAGGUUUACAUGGGCGAGCUACGGAAUAAGUGCGUGAGGAAUAUCGAGUCGAAUGACACGCUGAUCGAUUGGAACGAGUGGACUUGGAACUCAUCCAACUGGGCGUUCGACGAAGACGAGGAGCCGAUAAUUUGCGGGAACGCAACCGGCGCCAGACACUGCAACGAGAGCUACAUCUGCCUUUGCGUUGGCCCGAAUCCAAACCACGGCUACACGAACUUCGAUAAUUUCCUAUGGUCGAUGCUCACCACGUUUCAACUGAUUACUCUGGAUUACUGGGAAGACGUUUACAAUAAGGUAUUGUCGGCGUGCGGACCUAUCAGCGUCUCGUUCUUCACGGUGGUCGUGUUCUUCGGCUCGUUUUACUUAAUUAAUCUGAUGCUCGCCGUAGUCGCGCUCAGUUACGAGGAGGAAGCCGAAAUCACAAACGAGGAACGAAGGAAAGAUUUAACCGACCAUCGCGAGGACUCGACGUUUAGUUUCGACCCGACAAAGAUCAACGUCAAGACUCUUGCCAAAGAGAAACAAAAGAAGCUGGACGCAAGAAAAGGCGUUCUACUGAGUAGUUACACGCGUAAGAAGACGCGACGGAGAAGACGCGGAAGAAGCAACGCUGGAACUGGGGCAUCCGGUCAAGAGAAGAGUGCUGCCGUGCCAAGCAGAUCGGUGACACCGAGCCCGAGUCCGAGUCCACGGCACUCGACCGUCCGGCCGUCACAUCUGCUGCUGCAGAACAUCAGUCCACGGACAACGGAGAACAACACGGUCCACAGACUGGCGCCGAACCGGGGGAUGCUUCAUUCGAGGCAGGCAAGCAACAACAGUAACCAGCAAUCGUCGUUGGACGACUCGGGGGUGGUCGACGACCAUGACGCCGACGACGUCACGUCCGUGGAGGAACACGACAGGCGGGAUCAACGGGAGACUAGGGCUGACUGGCAGGAAAAGGGGACAAGCAACAGCAAUGCCGAUAUCAACGUAGAUCAGGAUCAUCCUCGUGGCAGGGCCAGAGGCGACGCUGAUACCGAGGCUGACGCCGAGAGCGAACGGGAGAAAUCACUGCCUACGCGUUCCGGUUACCUACGAGCGAGCGGCAACGUACCCGCUUCCCUUGGUGUCGGGACCACGCGAGAAAUCAAGGUGUUCAAGUGUAACGGCGUCAAAACGAAGAAGCAAAUGUACACCUUGCCGCCGGAAUACCUGUCGCACAUUGUUAUAUUAGAUGAUCUUCCGGAUAGAAACUGCGAGAAAUGCAUACAAUGCUGCGUCGAUUACGAGGGCUGGCUACGGUUUCAGAAUUGCCUGUACAAGGUAGUGAGAGAUCCGCUAUUCGAGCUGACGAUCACUCUAUGCAUCGUCCUGAACACCGGUUUCCUGGCGAUGGAACAUCACGGGAUGAGCGAGUCGAUCCGCCAGGCGUUGAACAUCGGUAAUAAAGUGUUUACCAGUAUCUUCACCUUCGAAUGCUUGCUGAAGCUGUUGGCGCUGAGCAAAGACUUCUUCGCCAACGGGUGGAACAAUUUCGAUUUGAUAAUAGUGUCAGCGUCUCUGAUAGAUCUGACCUUCGAGCUGGUAGACGGCCUCUCCGUGAUACGGGGACUUAGGCUGCUACGUGUCUUAAAGCUGGCACAGUCCUGGACGACGAUGAAGGUGCUGCUCAGCAUAAUCAUCUCGACGAUCGGUGCCCUCGGGAACCUGACCCUUGUCCUCGUGAUCGUGAUAUACAUAUUCGCCGUGAUCGGCAUGCAAUUGUUCAGCAAGGACUACACGCUCGACAAGUUCUAUCCAGACCCGGUGCCACGUUGGAACUUCAACGAUUUCUUUCACUCGUUCAUGAUGAUCUUUCGGAUAUUGUGCGGCGAAUGGAUCGAACCGUUGUGGGACUGUAUGCGCGCGGAACAGCAGGACGGGUCUGGCACCUGUUUCGCGAUAUUUCUACCAGCUCUUGUAAUGGGCAACUUCAUGGUGUUGAAUCUCUUUCUUGCGUUGCUGCUGAACAGCUUCAACUCGGAGGAGUUGAAGCAGAAGAAAGAGGAGGUCGGCGAGGAUUCGAAGCUGGCGAGGUCGUUCGACAGGAUUCGUUCGAUCAUCCGCAAGAACAAGUGCUCGAGGCUGACCCAAGGUCCGGGUGGGAAGAUGAAGAGCAAGGAUCCUCGGUUGGAUUCGAUCGUGCGUCGUGUGAUGGAUAGGUCAGACAGCGAGACCAAGUACGCCAUUCAAGAGACUGUGCUCAGCCUGCCUAAGGAUAAUGUGUACAAUCGAUCGUACCAGGAGAGCCUGAACCAGCCCGUUUUCACGUACGAUCCGAUGUACGCUAGGUCGGAGUCGCAGGAACAAAAGUACGAUGAAUGGGAGGGGAAAGAUAACGGGCAGGAGGACGAGUCCUCCCGUUGCGACGAGAAGAAUUUCGAGAAAGAGAAACAGCCGGAAUCAAAGGAGGGCAAUAAGGAAGAGAGUCAGGAUCAGGAGACAACGAAGUACUCGAUCACGAGCAAACCGCCAGCGGAGGAAAGGACCGCGAUGCUUCAUCAGGAGGAGAAUCUAUUCAGGCGCGAGGAACGCGUGCCGAAACGGCCCUGGCAUGCUUUGGUCAGCUAUGUCGACGAGUUGACUGUUGGCGGGAGGAGGGACAGCAAAGGGAAGUACAUUGACGGUAUGGGAUCCUUUCCGGGAUUCGGCAGGCACAAUCGACGGAAAGAACCGCAAGACUGUUUUCCACGGCAAUGUUAUCAAAAAUGUAGCUGCAUCGAUCGAUGCGUCGCGACAGCGAUCGGUAAAAAAUGGAUCCGGCUACGCACAGUGAUCCUCUCAGUCGUCGACACGCCCGCCUUCGAAUGGAUGAUAUUAGUUUUAAUUUUCGCAUCUUCCAUAACGCUCUGUUUCGAGGACAUUUACUUAGAUGACAAUCCUUUUUUGAAGAAAAUUCUCUAUUGGACCAAUCUUGGCUUCUGUGCCCUUUUCAGUAUCGAGAUGCUACUCAAAUGGUUAGCUCUGGGUUUCUGCAAAUAUUUCACCAGUUUUUGGACGAUCUUGGAUUUUAUAAUCGUCUUCGUGUCGACCUUUAGCCUAUUGAUAGAGGAGAACGAGAAUUUAAAAGUGUUACGAUCCCUGCGAACGCUACGAGCCCUGAGACCAUUACGGGCGAUCUCGCGAUGGCAAGGCAUGAGGAUCGUAGUGAACGCGUUGAUGUAUGCGAUACCCAGUAUAUUCAACGUGCUCCUCGUCUGUCUCGUGUUCUGGCUGAUAUUUUCUAUAAUGGGUGUGCAAUUUUUCGGCGGCAAGUUUUUCAAGUGCAUCAACGAGUACGGCGAACUGUUAGACGUGUCGAUCGUAAACACGAAAGACGAUUGCCUCAGGAAAAAUUAUUCUUGGGAGAAUAGUAAGAUCACUUUCGAUCACGUUGGGAUAGCUUACCUGGCUCUGUUUCAAGUAGCCACGUUCGAGGGCUGGAUGGAGGUGAUGGAGGACGCUGUUGACGCACGGGGCGUUGACCUUCAGCCCCAGAGAGAAGCGAACAUUUAUGCGUAUUUCUACUUUGUGAUAUUCAUUGUCUGCGGCUCGUUUUUUACACUGAACCUCUUUAUCGGAGUAAUUAUAGACAACUUUAACAUGUUGAAGAAAAAGUACGAAGGUGGAGUGUUAGAAAUGUUUUUGACCGAAAGUCAAAAGCACUACUACACUGCCAUGAAAAAACUCGGCCGUAAAAAGCCGCAAAAGGUGAUAAAGCGUCCGAUGAAUCAAAUCCUCGCAAUGUUUUACGACCUAUCGAACUCGCGCAGAUUCGAAAUAGCAAUUUUCAUUUUGAUAUUCCUGAACAUGCUGACUAUGGGGAUCGAGCAUUACGAUCAGCCGCAUCCGAUCUUCUUCGUCCUCGAGGUCUCGAAUGCGUUUUUCACGACCGUUUUCGGCUUAGAGGCGAUCGUCAAGAUAAUAGGACUCCGUUACCAUUAUUUCACGGUCCCGUGGAACUUGUUCGACUUCCUCCUAGUGCUGGCUUCGAUUCUAGGGAUAUUGAUGGAGGAUAUUAUGGUAGACUUCCCGGUGUCCCCGACGCUCCUGCGGGUAGUGAGAGUGUUCAGAAUCGGUAGAAUUUUAAGGCUAAUAAAGGCCGCGAAAGGCAUUCGAAAGCUGCUGUUCGCUCUGGUGGUCAGUCUUCCGGCGCUGUUCAACAUCGGCGCCCUUCUAGCCCUGAUUACGUUCAUUUAUGCCAUAAUCGGCAUGUCGGUUUUCGGGCACGUCAAGAAACAGGGUGCUCUCGACGAUAUGGUGAAUUUUGAGACUUUUGGUAGAAGCAUGCAAUUACUGUUUCGAUUAAUGACAUCCGCCGGUUGGAACGACGUUCUGGAGUCUCUGAUGGUGCAACCGCCUGAUUGCGACCCGACGCCCACCAGCCGGCAACUGAACGGAAACUGCGGAUAUCCACUAUUGGCAAUAACAUAUUUUACCUCCUUCAUUAUAAUCAGUUACAUGAUCGUCAUCAACAUGUACAUCGCCAUUAUCCUCGAGAAUUUCAAUCAGGCACAUCAGGAAGAGGAGAUCGGUAUCGUCGAGGACGACUUGGAGAUGUUCUACAUCCGAUGGUCCAAGUACGAUCCGCAUGCAACGCAAUUUAUCAAUUUUUCGCAGCUAAGCGACUUUAUAGCGAGCCUAGACCCGCCAUUAGGAAUAUCGAAGCCCAACAUGGUCGCGUUGGUUAGCUUCAAUCUUCCUAUCGCGAGGGGCAAUAAGAUACAUUGUCUGGACAUUCUGCACUCACUUGUCAAGCACGUGCUCGGACACGUCGAGGAGUCCGAGGACUUCCGAAAGUUGCAGGAACAGAUGGACAUUAAGUUCAAGAAGCAAUUCCCUACGCGGAAAGAGCUUGAGAUUGUUUCGUCGACAAGAAUGUGGAAGCGUCAGGACAAAGCAGCCAGACUGAUCCAGUGCACCAUUAGAGAAUUCAUAGCAGCGAAAAAGGAACGGGAACGAAUAGCCCACGAAGUGGACUCGCAAACGCAAACGUCGAGUCCCGGUGCUGGGAACGAAGGUAGGGGCGGGGGUGGCUGGAGCGGCAAAGUGUCGGCUUUUCUUCAUGUACAUAGAGGUAGCCGAGCCAGUAGCCGCAAGUCCUCGAGGGCCAGCGACGCCAGCGAUUUCAGCGAGCUUGGUGCCGCCUCGGCAUGGCUAUUUCCGAAUUUGCCUUUGCUGUUGCUCUCCGGCGCCACCGGUACUCAUGAGGACCUGCCUCCUCCCGCUCUAACCGUAUCCCGCCCCUCACCGACCACCGAACAACAAUCGUUUGCUGGCGUCCCCGUUGCUAGUCCUACUUCCUCUGAUCUGCACACCAGAUCGAUCGCGGGACCGACUCUCGGUCGGCAAGACGCCGUCGAAAGUUAUCCCGACGAGGAAAUGCCCAGUCUUCCCACGAAGCGCAGAUCACUACCGCCGAGCGCCACCACGCUCUCCCUGAACACGUUGCACCGUGACAUCAAAGAAGCAUUCAGCCGACGUUGCGGUAGCCUUCGAAAAAAACAUCAACCAGCUCCCGAACCAGCUCCGCUGCCAAUCGAAUCCACCGAUGUGAGCAUACUCGUCACGGAGCCCAGCCCGGAGAAUAUAGCGCCGCCGCCCACGAGGCCAGCGCUCCUACGACGACAAUCCGCCGCGACGGUCGUUCACGUCCUAGUACACAGGGAGAGCGAAGAGUAUCGUGACGCCCAACCCGACGAUACUACCAGUUGAUCUUAAAUCGUUACGCUCGACAUCCUUCCGAAAAUAAUCA